AUGAAGAACCUACUGAAAAACAUUGUAGAAACAGCGCUUUUGAUCUCUUUGGUAGGAGGGUAUGUACCUGUUUUGGCCAUCCAGAAUGGUACAUCUGUUUCUAGCUCGCAGGCAUUUCCAUUUUAUGUAAUGCUAGGAAACCCACACAUAUGUGGAGGAAUGAUCAUCUCAUUUGACCCACCGAUUAUUCUGACAGCAGCGCACUGUGUAGCAGACUCCCCACAUCCAUCUACCUUCACAGACCGUCCCAACCCUUACUUUGUUGGAUACGGCCACAAAGAUCGCAAACACCAAAAGAUUGGCUCCAUUUCGGAUUGGAAGGUCCACCCAUCCUAUCAGCCCAAGCCAACAGAUGAACCAGACAUGCACUACGAUACAGCUCUGGUCUGGCUGUCCGAGCCACUAAAGCCAUCCACCAAUGUCGAUCGAAUUGCUCUCUGGUCACCUACUAUGAAUCUCGAUAAUAAACAAGCAACUCUGAUGGGUUAUGGGUACAUUGGAAACAAUCGACCGGAAUCACCUGAACUAAAGAAACUUCAUCUCGAAAUCACUCAAUUCAAUGCAAAUACGGCAGACAUGAUCGAAGCAAGAUCGACCGAUGACAAUCUGAUUGCCUGCCAUGGUGAUUCUGGUGGACCUCUUGUGGUCUAUAUGCCGGCAUCAAAAGACAAUUCGGAUCCUGUUCUGAUGCCAUUUGUGCUCGGCCCGCUGGCCAGGAUAUUCGGUGUCCAUGAUCCAGACAAGGAUCAUCCAACAUGUCCUAUCCCACUCAAUACAGCCAAUACUGUCAAUACUGCUGCUACCACUAGCAGUAGUUCGAGAUCUAAGAAUGUCACAAUUACCGAGAGUUUUGCCAAUGUGUCGAACAUGCUAGACUGGAUUUCGAACAGCACGGGUAUCACACAGUCCAAAUUGAUCGAUCCGUUUGAUGUACCGCGCCGGUGGGUGUUUCCGAUCUGUCGUCGCAAAGGAUGCCCACAGCGUGAAUUUCCGAACAGUCCCAAAGAGCCAGGAGAGGAAGAGGAAGAAGAAGAGGUUGAAGAUGCCUGGGAGAUUGGAAUUGCGAAUAAGGUUGAUCCUUCAAACGAUUCUCAGAAUGUUGCCUGGAUGGGAUUGGUCAAACAGGACUUUCGUAACACCAAGGGGGUUUCAAAUGGCUCUCCGAGACUUGGCUUUGGUGGAGAUGGCCAAUUGUUCUGGAAAACUGGGUUAUUGUGUCUGUCGUUGAUGUAUUCAUAUUCUUACUGUUUUUAUUAA